GGCAAACUCUAUAUAAGAUCACACACACCUCUAGGCUUUUUUUUAUUUCUCAUAAGAGACACACGCGCACUUGUCGAUUCUCAUAGCUCUAGCAAAUCCCGGUGAAUUCGGAUUCGAUACUGUUCGUAAUCUUCUGAAUCUUGAGCUUGCAAAGAGUGAUGAAGUCCAUUGAGUUUGAGCAAGGAUGGUCUGUCAUGGAGACUGGUGUUGCAAAGCUAAGCAGGAUUCUCGAAGAACUGCCUGAGCCACCAUUUCUUCCGGAAGAAUAUAUGAAUCAAUACACGACUAUCUACAAUAUGUGCAUCCAGAAACCUCCUCUCGAUUACUCUCAGCAGCUUUAUGAUAAGUAUUCUGAAGUAAUUGCAACUUAUAAUAAGGACACUGUGUUGCCGUCUUUAAGGAAUAAGUUUGAUGAAUAUAUGCUGAAAGAGCUUGUUAAGAGGUGGGGUAACAAUAAAGUUCUGGUAAGAUGGUUAUCCCGCUUCUUCGACUAUCUCGACCGUUACUACAUUCCCCGGAGAGCUCUUCCAUCACUGAAUGUUGCUGGCAUGAAAUCCUUCUGUGACAUGGUUUAUCAAGAGGUGCAGUCCAAGGCCAAAGACGCAGUACUAGCACUUAUUCAUAAAGAGCGUGAGGGCCAACAGAUUGAUAGAGCACUACUGAAAAACGUAAUAGAUGUCUAUGUUGGGAAUGGAAUGGGACAGAUGGAAAAGUACGAAGAGGAUUUUGAAAGCUUCUUUCUUGAAGAUACUGCAUCCUACUAUUCUUGCAAGGCCUCAAAGUGGAUCCAGGGGGAUUCUUGUCCUGAUUACAUGCUAAAGUCUGAAGAGUGUCUUAAAAAGGAGAAGGAGAGAGUCAGUCACUACCUUCAUGUAGCCACAGAGCCUAAACUAAUUGAGAAAGUACAAAAUGAAUUGUUGGUUGUGGUUGCUAAAAGGCUUAUAGAAAAUGAGAACUCAGGGUGCCGUGCAUUGCUAAGAGAUGACAAGAUGGGUGAUCUCUCCAGGAUGUACAGGCUUUAUCAUCCAAUCCUGCUAGGGUUGGACCCUGUUGCAGACUUAUUCAAGCAGCAUGUUACUGCAGAGGGAAAUGCCCUUAUCAAACAAGCUGCCGACGCAGCAACUAAUCAGGCUGCAAGUAGUGGUGGUGUGCAGGUGCAGGACCAGGUGCUUAUCAGAAAAUUAAUUGAGCUGCAUGAUAAAUACAUGGUCUAUGUCGAAGAGUGUUUUCAGCAACACAGCCUCUUCCAUAAGGCAUUGAAAGAGGCAUUUGAAGUCUUCUGUAACAAACCAGUGGCUGGAGCGUCCAGUGCAGAAAUACUUGCAACAUAUUGUGAUAAUAUUCUCAAGAAAGGAGGAGGAACUGAGAAGCUUAGAGAUGAAGCUCUUGAAGAAACGCUUGAGAAAGUGGUUAAGUUGCUUGUUUAUAUAAGCGACAAAGAUCUGUUUGCCGAGUUUUACAGGAAGAAGCAAGCCAGACGGCUCUUAUUUGAUCGCAGUGGUAGUGAAGAUCUUGAAAAAAGUAUACUUUUAAAGUUUAAAGAACUACUCGGUGGGCAGUUUACUUCUAAGAUGGAGGGCAUGGUGACGGAUAUUACAUUGGCAAAAGAUAACCAAAUCAGCUUCGAGGAAUAUCUAAGCACUAACACCAACACAAAGCUGGGGAUUGAUUUGACUGUCACUGUUCUUACUACUGGUUUUUGGCCAAGUUACAAAACAUCCGACCUCAAUCUACCCAGUGAAAUGGUCAACUGUAUUGAAGCUUUUAAGGCGUUUUAUGCAACCAAAACCAAACACAGGAGACUUUCAUGGAUUUAUUCUUUGGGAACUUGUCACAUAUCUGGAAAAUUCGAUCAAAAAACAAUCGAGUUAAUCGUUUCCACCUACCAGGCUGCUGUGCUAUUGCUAUUCAACAACACGGAGAGAUUAACCUACACUGAGAUCUUGGAGCAGCUUAACCUCAGCCACGAAGAUCUUGUGAGGCUGCUUCAUUCACUGUCAUGCCUAAAGUACAAGAUUCUUACAAAGGAACCAAUGUCGAGAAGCAUCUCUAAAACCGAUACUUUUGAAUUCAAUGCCAAGUUCACUGAUAAGAUGCGGAGAAUUAAGGUGCCUCUGCCGCCAAUGGAUGAGCGGAAGAAAGUUAUUGAAGAUGUAGACAAAGAUAGACGCUAUGCAAUUGAUGCAGCUCUGGUUAGGAUAAUGAAGAGCAGAAAAGUGUUGGGGCAUCAACAGUUGGUCUCUGAAUGUGUCGAGCAUCUUAGCAAAAUGUUCAAGCCUGAUAUAAAGCUGAUAAAGAAACGCAUAGAGGACUUGAUCAGCAGAGAGUAUUUGGAAAGGGAUAGCGAAAAUCCGAACAAUUUCAAGUAUCUGGCUUAAGUAGUUGAACCAAAUUAGUCACAAGAACAAUUUGCUAACUGUUUUCGGUUUUGUAAAUGACCUUACAUUCUUUUUCUCGGACCAUUUUGGACGGAUGAUAGAACAAUUUUUAUCUACACCUUCGUUUUUUCAUAACUACA